AUGUCCAUCCCAUCAAGGACCAAGUUCUCCAACUCCAACUCCAACCUCCCAACUCCAACCUCCAACCUCCAAACUCCAAACUCCAACUCCAACCUCCAACCUCCAACCUCCAACUCCAACCUCCAACUCCAAACUCCAAACUCCAAACUCCAACCUCCAACUCCAACCUCCAAAUUCCAACUCCAACCUCCAAACUCCAACUCCAACCUCCCAACUCCAACCUCCAACCUCCAAACUCCAACUCCAACCUCCAACUCCAACCUCCAACCUCCAACUCCAAACUUCAAACUCCAAACUCCAACUCCAAACUCCAUCCUCCAAACUCUAACCUCCAGCUCCAAACUCCAACUCCAACCUCCAAACUCAAACUCCAACCUCCAACCUCCAACUCCAACCUCCAACCUCCAACCUCCAACCACCAACUCCAAACUCCAACCUCCAAACUCCAAAUUCCAAACUCCAACUCCAAACUCCAACCUCCAAACUCCAAACUCCAAACUCCAACCUCAAACUCCAACCUCCAAACUCCAACUCCAAACUCCAACCUCCAACUUCAAACUCCAACUCCAACCCCCAAACUCCAACCUCCAACCUCCAACUCCAACCUCCAAACUCCAGCCACCAACUCCAACCUCCAACUCCAACCUCCAACCUCCAACCUCCAACUCCAUACAGCAUGACAUACAACCUUACAGGCCAAAGAACAAACACAGAUUAUCAAUCAUGCACUUAACACCUGACCACCUGCUGUACAUUCCGUGGUUAAGCAGGGAGGGAAGUUCAAUCUCCCUGCCCUGCCAUAUCUAG